AUGUCAAUGGCCGACGCCGAUUUUGUUGCGUGGGUAAAUAAAUAGUCUCAAAGAAGUUAUACUAUUAGUCUCCGUUUAUUUUUGCAGAUUUUGAUUCUAUUAGUAUUUUAGCGAAAAUAGUGUAAUAUUCUAUCUGUGAAGUUUUGAAACCAUUUAAAAGAGAAUGUUGGGUUCUGGCGACAACAGCUUCAUCGUAAAAUUACGUGGUUUGCCUUUCUCCACAAGAGUGGAAGAUGUCCUCGAUUUCCUAACCAAUGUUAAUGUCUUGAAUGGAAAAUCAGGUGUUCAUUUAACAGAAGUUCGUCCAGGUAGACCAUCAGGGGAGUGUUUUGUCGAGGUGGAGAGCCAGCAAGAUGUAGAUGAAGCACUUAAGAAGGAUAAGGAGAAUAUGGGCAAGAGAUACAUUGAAGUUUUUUCAACUGAUCGCCAAGACAUGGAAUGGGCUUUGAAUGCAAUGCGUCAGAGUGAGAACGGCUUUGAUAGCCUUCCAACUGUAACAGAUGAUGCGGGGAUUGUCAAACUGAGAGGCUUGCCCUUUGGCUGUUCCAAGGAGGAAAUCGUACAGUUCUUUGAUGGGCUGAGCGUCGGACCCGAUGGUGUUCACUUGCUCUCGGACCACACGGGGCGGGCAUCGGGAGAGGCGUUCGUUCACUUCGUUGAGAAGGGGCACGCACAGGAGGCUCUCAACAGGGACAGGGAGAAAAUAGGACACAGGUACAUAGAGGUGUUCCUGAGUAACGCGGACGAAGUGCGAUCGUACGGCUCGCGGAUGGAGGGCGGCGGGUUCAGGUCCAACCGUGGCUCCUACAGGCCUACGCCCUACGACAGAAACGAUCGGUUCCCAGGACGAUUUAACAGGGGACGAGGAUCUUUCGGCAGAGGCGGCGGGCUGGGGCGCGGGGGCGGCGGGGGCGGGGCGCGGGGGGCGCGCGGCGCGCACUGCGUGCACAUGCGCGGGCUGCCCUUCAAGGCCUCGCCGCAGGACGUCGCAUACUUCUUCAAACCAAUCCGGCCCGCGAACAUAAAUAUACUAUACGACAACAGUGGCCGGCCGUCGGGUGAAGCCGACGUCGAAUUCGAGUGCCACGAAGACGCCAUGAGGCGUAAGAGAAUAGCAUCCUUCAUGUCCAGAGUCGACAGGUCUGAUAAUGCUGUGGUAAAGGCUCUAGCCGAAAGACUUGUGCAAACUGCGAUGCGCCGCGACAAAAACCACAUGGACCAUCGCUACAUCGAACUGUUCCUGAACUCGUCGCCGGGCGGCGGCGGAUUCAAACCCAAUCGCAACUUCCGCUCAUACUACUGAUGAUAGCACAUCUCGUAUUAUACGCAAUAUCCAUAAAUAUAUACACUGUGUAAAUAAAUAGAAUAUAUUUUCCUUUACUUUUCUUAUUUAAUAAAAUACAAGCAAUGAG